AUGCGUUUCUUCUCUGCUGCCAUCGUCCUGCUGGUUUUAGCACAGAGUUUAUCCACUGAAGCAGGGAAAUGUCCGAAGGUUUGCAGCUGUGACGGAGCCAAACUCACAAUCGCCUGCGUCGGCAAGAAUCUAACAAUGGCUCCCCCAACUAUAGACGAGAUUACACUGAAACUCGACCUGAAGAAUAACAACCUACAGGUGCUGCCCAGGGGCGCGUUCGUGCUCACACCUUACCUCACCCACCUCAACCUGCAGCGCUGCAACAUCAUCAGUGUGAAAGAAGGAGCGUUCCGGACUCUGGGCCGCUUGGUCUCCCUGAACCUGGCCUUCAAUAAAAUUGACAUCCUUUACCAGGAGUCUUUCGACGGCCUCUCGUCCCUGAAGGAGCUUCAUCUGGACCAUAACCGAAUUGAGGAGGUUCAGCCUGGAGCCUUCACACAGCUCGGCUUCCUCAACCUGCUGGCCCUCACCCACAACCAGCUGGUGUACAUCCCCAACAUGGCCUUCCAGGGCCUGCUCAACAUCAAGUGGCUUCGUCUGAGUCAUAACUCCCUGAACAACUUGGCCCCCGAGGCGUUCGCUGGCCUGUUCACCCUCAGCCGCCUCAGCUUGGACCACAAUGAGCUGCAGUUCUUUCCCACUCAGACAAUGACCAGACUAAGCGAGGUCAAGCGUCUGGACAUGAGCCACAACCCCAUGACUUACCUCGGGGAAGAAUCCGUCUCCAUGGCAAAGCUCACACAUCUCUACCUGAACCACAUGUCCCUGCAGGACCUGUCUGACCAGGCUUUGUCCCGGGUCCCCCUCCUGUCCCACUUGGAUCUCAGCCACAAUCAGCUGCGCAACUUGGAGCCGCUGUCAGGCCCCAAGAAGCUGGGCAGCCUCAACCUGACUGGCAACCCAAUCUACUGUAACUGCUACAUGCGGCCCCUGAAGCAGUGGGCGCGUGUCGGGCGUGUGAAGCUGCUGGGAGCUUGUGCCGGACCCCCUCACCUCUCAGACGAGCCGCUGCAGACGGUGGCUUCUCUGAAUCUGCGCUGCCGCAGCCGGGCAGAGAUGCUGAAGGACGAGUUUGAGGAGGAGAGCAACAGCACAGGAAGCUCUCCACCCACAGCCAAGCCCAAGCAGAACGCCAAGUGUCCAGCGAACUGCGACUGUGAUGUGAGUAUUGAAUCCCAGCAUGCCACAUGUGAGGCUCAGGGUCACACCAAAGUCCCGAGAGGCUUCCCCGCCAAGACGCAGAUGCUCGACCUCCGCAGCAACCACUUCCACUUCCUUCCUGCCAUCAGCUUCCCCGGCUCCAGCCAAGUCGUCUCCCUUCACCUGGAUCUCUGCAAAAUCCACGAAAUCGAGAGCGGCGCCUUUCGGGGGAUGAAGAAACUGUUCUAUUUGUAUCUGUCUGACAAUGACCUCACAUCCUUGGACCCUGGCGCCUUCGCUGGAGCCCCCGAGCUGACCUACCUUUACCUGGAGGGGAACCGGCUGGCUCAGUUCCCUGGAGCAGCACUGGGACUCUUACCAAGUCUGAUUGUGUUACACCUGGAACGAAAUGCCAUCUCUAAACUCGAGCCCACUGGUUUGCUGUCUUCAGUGACCCCUAAGCUACAGGAACUUUACUUGACCAAUAACACCAUUACUGCUAUCGCCAAGGGGGCUCUGGACUCUGCCUUCCUAGCUACACUGCACCUGGACUCGAAUCAUCUGACAGAGGUGCCCACCAGCGCUCUGUCCCAGGUCCCUAAUCUGGAGGAGCUGAAUUUAUCCCGCAACAAGAUUCGCUGGGUGGGACCGAACUCGUUCCAGACCACUUCCCAGAGUCUGAAGAAGCUUUACAUGGAUGAGAUGAGUUUGGAGAAGAUGUCCCGGGACGCUCUGGCCGGGUUGGGCGCAGCGCUGAGGGCUCUGACUCUGAGAGGAAACCAGCUGGAGGAGCUUCCUGAGCUGAGGCCGCUCACUGGGCUGGAGGUGGUCGACCUGCAGGACAACCCCCUGCUGUGUGACUGUGCUCUGCUGCCGCUGCGCAGGUGGAUGGAGAAUGUGAGUCUGGAGGUGACGGCCACCUGCGGCCACCCUCCUGAGCUCAGGGGUCAGAAGGUCAGGGACGUCCAGGUCUUCGUGUCAUGCCCAGGAAGCAGCUCGCCCUCCCACCAGCAGGUCGUCGUGGCAGCCAGAGCUGCAAAAGUGAAGAAACCCAAACCCAGUCUCCUGAAGGCCACGGGGGUCAAAGCUAGACCCGCAAAGCCCAAAGCCAAAGGACCCAAACCUCCCAAGAACCAGCCUCAGAGGAAACCUGCGUCAACAAAAGUGGCCAAAAAGACCAAGAAGGCUCCGAAAUAAGAGAAAACAAAACAAUCUGAUUUAGUUUAGAGACGUGUU